CCACACACAACAAGCAGUGCCAGCAACAUUCGGCGUGUGCGGGGUGCCACAUUGUGAGUGAAAAAUCGCGCAGCAAGCAGUGGAUACUACUUGUAAGCGAUGGAUCCGCUUAAUAUAAAGCUGGAGGUGCCGGACUUACCGCUGCCCCUCGGGGAGGAUGGUUUGAUGAUGUCGACCGCCGAUUUCCUGCCGACCGGAAACGACCUGUUCCUAGGCGAUGAUGACGACGACGUGAUUGUGGUGCAUAUGGAUUUGCGCGAGAAUUUGUCCACCCUGCGGGGGUUGGUCGAGCGGCGGAUUGGGCUUUCGCUCAAGCACUACGAGUUCUGGCUCCAGGGCUCGACCAUGCUCGAGUCGCACAAGAACCUCGUCGACCAGUGCGUGCAGGGCGAGGGGCUGGUGCAGAUCAACGUACAGGUCCAGCCGACCAAGCGGCGCAUCAACAUCGCGGACGUGCUGAAACCCACCGAUGAGGUGCUCGAAUCCUACCAGCGCGAAAUCGAGCAAGCCGCAAAGGAGGCGGAAGCGGCCGCUGCGGCCAAACGGGCAGCGGAGGAGGAGGCGGCUGCAGCCGAAGCGAUUGCCGCAGCGGUGGCCGAGGCGGAAGCGGCCAGCGCGAAAGAGAAUGCGGCGGAACCCGCUAGCGGGACGGGCGAGCGAGACGGGUCCGGUGCGAAGGCACCAGCCGGCCUGACGAAGGAAGCACAGGAGACGGCCAAUGCCGUGGCGGCCAUCAUCAACUCGGUCAGUGUGGAAGAGCGUGAGAAGGAGCGCAAGAAGGAACGGCAGGUCCAGGGCGACAAGGGCGGCCUUAAGCUGAUCCCGGCGAUCAAGGAGGAGGUGUUGGGCUUUGGGGAGAAUUCGCUGGACGAGUGCGACGAGUCGGAUGGGGAGAUGGGCGACGAACCGGCGGCUUGCCUGCCCUGGGUGUACGACAGUGCGUUCAAGCGCGACCAGCAGCGCCUGAACAUUCCGGACGAUCCGAAUGAGUGGACUGUGGCGCAGGUAAAACACUGGAUCCAGUGGGCGGUCCGGACGUUCAACCUGAACGGGAUCAAGCUGCAGGACUGGAGCAUCAGUGGCAAGGAGCUGUGCGAGCUGGAUCUGGACGAUUUCAAACUGAAAGCACCGAACGAUCCGGGCGGCCUGUUUUGGAUGCAUUUGGAGCUGCUGCGACGGCACAAGAUCGUGGCCACCCUGCAGAAGCCCGUCGAUGGGGAAGAUCUAGUUGAAAUGACCAUCCGGCGGAAGCUCCCCAAGCCAAACAUUGGCAGCAGCAAGAACGAUGAGUUCAGCUACUGUGGCAACCGCACGGGAAACAAUGGACAGAUCCAGCUGUGGCAGUUUCUGCUGGAAAUUCUCACCGACCGGGAACACCGCACCAUUAUUCAGUGGAUAGGUAAGAUGGCAGCGAACAGUGGCCCAAACAGCCCCACAACUGUCUUCAUACUGUCGGUUCACCCUCCCGCAGGUACCGAUGGAGAGUUCAAGCUGUGCAAUCCGGAACAGGUCGCUCAGCUGUGGGGCGAGCGCAAGAACAAGCCGACGAUGAACUAUGAGAAGCUGUCUCGCGCCUUACGCUACUACUACGACGGGGACAUGAUUUCGAAGGUGCACGGCAAACGGUUCGUGUACAAGUUCGUGUGCGAUCUGCGCGAGCUGCUCGGGUACGAUGCUUCGGAAUUGGCCUCCCUGGUCAACGAAGGGAAUCCCGAUAAUCAGUACGGCACGAAAAAUUAUGACGUUGAUUUCGAUUGAUCUAGGCAGUGGGGCUUUUGUGCGUCCCUUUCUUUGAUGGUUUUAGAAUACAUGCUGCUCUGUCCUGCACCACAGAGUUGAGCUGCAGCGA